CUGCUCGUCGGGUCAGGAGGCCUCCAGCUCUGUGCCCCACGGAGAGAUGGUGGGAGUCCCAAAGCAGCUGAGGGUGUAGGCCUAUUGUCUGCUAAUAUCCCACAGGUUGUCUUAACAAUCUAAGAGCAGGUCACCUGGCACUAUGAGCGACUCAGGAAGCAUUGGUGAUAUGUCCAAGCCCAGUGCCAGAUCCAUCUAUGAGCAGAGGAAAAAAUAUUCCAGUGUCAUCAUGGCAGAUGUCUCCCAGUAUCCUGUCAAUCACCUCGUGACUUUCUCCAUGAGGGAAGAAGACGAUUUAGGAACUGUGGAGGAUGCCAUAAGGAAACUGUCUGUCAUGGAUGCCCAAGGGAAGAUCUGGAUCCAGGAGAUGCUGCUCCAGGUCAACGGAUCAGCUGUCAAACUCUUGGACAUAAACUCAAAGGAGGAGCUGGAGAACUAUGGACUGGCUGCUGUGGUUCGUUGUGAGGCUGUCCGCCCUGAGACCCGGGCCCGAUCCCUGCUCCUGCUGGUGUGCCAGGAACCCUAUCAGCUCAAGCCAGAUGUCCACUUCUUUGAAUGUGACCACAUCGGGGCUGAACUGAUCCAGCAGGAUGUCCACAGCGCUCUGUUGGACUUCAAGUCUGGGGGAAAUGCCCAGAGGAAAGAGGCACUCAGAGCUGCUCAGAACUGGCUGGGCAACCAGCCCAAAGAGCCUAUCCUUACCGCAGUUCAGUCCCCCAAGCGGGUACCUUCCCGGACGAAAGUCAUCACCCCUCUGCCCACUGCAUCGGAUCCAGCUGACCAGCAGCCUGCAACCCUUUUGCCUGCUGAGCCUGACCUGGCCAUCAUCCAUACCGAGCAAGACGUGGAAUUGUUGAACCAUGUGUUUGAUGAUGUGGAAGCCUUCAUAGGGAAGUUGCAGAAAGCUGCAGAAGCUUUCCGGGUACUGGAUCAACGGAAGCGAUCCUCAAGGGGGCGCCGCCGAGAGCCAGGCGAGGGACUCCUGACCCUCCGAGCUCGGCCCCCUCCUGAAGAAGAAUUUAGAGACACUCUGGCUAAGAUGAAAUAUUCCUUCAGCCUUUUGGCCAGGCUCAAACCGAGAAUCAUGAACCCCUCCUCAGAUGAGCUGAUCCAUUUUCUCUUUGGUCCCUUGAGAAUGGUUGUGGAGGCUUCCGGGGGCCCAGAAUUUGCUUCUGAGUUGCGCAGCCCCAUGCUGACCCUGGAGGCUGUCACCCUAUUGCGGAGCUGCUUAGGAGAACGGGAAGUCGAGCUCUGGCAUUCACUAGGCGAAAACUGGACCAAGGCCAGAGUGGACUUUCCCCGGGACUAUGCAGCUUCCUACACCCUAACUUUCCAGAGUGGCUGGGAACCACCCCGCUUGGACGCUUAUGGGCAGCCAUGGGAAGACCCAGUAGAGAUGCAGCAUCGACACGAAGAGCGUCGUGCCCAGCAAUCGGCUCCCACAAUCGCGGCCAAUGGGCACAAAAACGAAACCAAGAGAGUAAGCUGCACGUAUGACUUCAUAGCCAGAAACAGCAAUGAAUUGUCAGUCCUUCAAGGAGAGAUGCUGGAGGUCCUGGAGGACAGUAAGAAAUGGUGGAAGGUGCAGAACAGCUGUGGUCAAAUUGGCUACGUGCCUUAUAAUAUUGUCGCCCCCGUUCCGCCUGGUGAUGGGAAUGACCCUCAGAACCACAAUGUAACAGUCCAAAUCAAUGGAACCAACUCUGCAAGAACGCAAACACCGAAAACCCCACCGCAGCCACCCCCAAAGACCCGAACUCCGUACCAAAAUGGCCAGCGCUGGGCUAGUGCUGAAGGGCUGAAUAUGGACCUGAAUGAUCGAGAGCGGUUCAGCAGCGUCAAUGAGGAGCUUGCCCUGAGGCUGGCCAACGGGAUGUCUGGCCGAGGCAAAAAUCUUCAUAUCCAGCGUGCUCCAGACACCAACGUGCCUUUAGGAUAUGACUCCGACCCUGCUCAGGUCCAAGCCUGGCUAGAGGGCAAAGGAUUCAGCCCACCGACUGUAGGUGCCUUGGGGGUUCUGAAUGGAGCUCAGCUCUUCUCCUUGCAAAAGGAAGAAUUCAAAGCCGUCAGCCCAGAGGAAGGAGCUCGGGUCUACAGCCAGGUCACAGUACAGAAAGCCCUCCUGGAGGAUUCUGGAAAAAUAUCAGAGCUGGAGGCGGUGAUGGAGAAGAGGAAAAGGAAAGUAGAGGGCAUUUGACUGCCUAGAGACCUCCUGCAUUCUAAUGCAAGAGUGCCCUCUGCAGGAAACCUGAGGGACUGCACAGUAACCAGCUCAAAAGAAG